AUAACAGAUCGGGCGAGUGUCAACUAAACAACAAACCACUCAUACACACUCAGAAUACUAUAUGCACAAAACAAGAGCAGCAGCGAGCAGCAGGCGAACAAAACGAACGAAACAUUCUGCAUAGACUACACAUAUAAUAUUUUCAUAACGCGCUGUUUCCUCGCAACAACGUCUUUUUUGUGUGUUGUGUAUAAAAUUUGUUGUUUUAUUUUGUUCUCUCUAUUUAAUCGUUAGUUUGUUUUCCAAUUUGUGUAUCUAUUUUGUGACGAGUUUUCGUGCUUUAACCACUUAGUUCUACCCAAGUGUUUCUCUGGUUGUGUGUGGUUAUUUUUUUGAUUCAUUCAUUUCGUUCGGUGGCUCAAAUUUAAUUUUUGUUUGUUGAUUUGAUUACUGUGUGUGAGUGUGGUUUCGGGCCGUUCAACCAGAUAAGUUUUCCCAUUAAAUAGAAUUCCCAAAUCAGAAACAAAAAGAACAAAAUUCUCUCUCGUUUGUUCGUUUUGAAAAAGAACGAAUUGAGAAUAACAAAUGGAAAAAUAAAGAACAAGAAGCAGAAAUUACGAGAAAGAGAUAGAGAGAGAGAGAGAGAGAGAGAGAGAGAGAAAACAAAUAGCGAAUAAUGUUCCUGUAAGAGAAAAAAAAAUGCGGGUCUUAUUAUGUGUUGUACUUGUGUAAAUCCAAACGAAAAGGUAGGGAAUUUCCACUGGUGGAAAGAACAGUUGCUCAAAACGUUGUCGACAACCAAAUCAAAACCAACUCCGAUCGCCUCACAAACUCAACCAAUUUAACGGAAAUAAUAAAAAAAAUUUGUCGACGAUAUUCUGUGAAUAAAAUUUCAAUUGGUAAAUGAGAAACAAAUAGAAACAAACAGCCCGAAGAAAAUCAAACGUCGUCGCAACAAAUGCCGAUACACCAGUUCAAACAUACAUGAACCGAACCAUUUUCAAUAAUAGAUCAAGGAUUAUUGUUUCUUGUGCGCCGCGUUUUCAUCUCCUUGCAACAAACAAUUCGUUUUCUUUUUUCUUUCGAUUCAUUUUCCAAUUGUCAUAAAAAGAAGAAUAUUCGUAAAUGUUUCAUGGUUUCAGGAAUUGAAUAACAAUAAUUUAGUGCUUUAAUGAAAACCAACAAAACAAAUCAAAAAGAAACAUCAUAAUCAAAAUAACAAAACCAAAAAUUCAUAGAUAGAGUUAAUUGUAGAGCUUAUAAAAGAAUCCACACUACAACUCUGUUAAAACAAAGAAAGCCUCUUCUUCGGUCUCGAUUUCGUUAUUUGAGUGGCAACAAUGAAUGGGUGCUGUCACGUGGGAAUAAUCAAAACUAUGCUUAUUCAAUAACAAUUUGCACGAGAUUUCCACGACGACGACAACGAUAGAAGCGUAAAUCCGAUUUUAUUUGCUCAAUAAAAGAAGGAAAAGGGGAGAACGAAAAGGAUCAACAUUUUCGAGAAAAAAAAGAAACAAUCAUUUUCUGCAACGAAUCUAGGAAGCUGCACAAACGACACCGCAAUGGCCACAACAAAUAAUAGACAUCAAAAGUUGGAGCAGCAGCGCCAGUUAAUGGAGAAUUACAUAAAACAAAAGCGUGCAACACCGGGCAUGGUGCAAGCCAGCGAUUUGCAAAUUCGACCAAUGUCGGGCACAACGCAAAUUCCCACAUCGGCCAAAUCGAAUUGUGGCGGUAUGCGUGUGAGCAGCCGCGAAUUACAUGCAUACGAUGGACCGAUGCAGUUCAUGAUGUCGCCAAAUAAUCCGGAUCAAAUUUUGCCAACGUCCACACUAACAUCGCCGAGCAGUGAAGAAACGAUGCCAUACGAUAUGGAGGACGAGGAGAGUACACCGAUUGAAAUCAUUUCGACGAAGGGCAUGGUAUCACCGUCAAGUGCAUCGAACAAUCAGGCAAUCGGUGAUUAUCCAUUGUCGGGCGGUAGCAGUGCUGGCAUUGUGAGCAGCCAUAGUGGCGGUGCUAUUGAUCCAAUGGAUGCGAUAAAUUCACGAAAUAAUUCAGCGCCCGUCACACCAGCCGCACACAACAAAGCCAAACAAAAUUCACAAGCAUCCAACGAACUGGAGGGCGAUGUAAGCGGACAAAUCGAACAAUGGGUGGUACAGCCAGCUGCUCAAGGAUGCUUAUACAAGUGCCGAAUAACACGAGAUCGAAAAGGUAUGGAUCGUGGACUGUUUCCGUUGUAUUAUCUCCACUUGGAACGUGAAUACGGGAAAAAAGUCUUUCUUCUGGCGGGUCGUAAGCGAAAGAAGAGUAAAACAUCUAACUACAUCAUAAGUUGCGACCCGACCGAUUUAUCGCGACAAGCUGAUGGUUUCGUCGGCAAACUCCGGUCAAAUGUUUUUGGUACGACAUUUUUUGUGUAUGACAAUGGCAGCAAAACCAACCAAGAUGAACUGCGCCAAGAUAUGGCCGUGAUAGUUUACGACACAAAUAUUUUGGGUUUCAAAGGGCCACGCAAUAUGACUGUUCUAUUGCCUGGCAUGACUGAAGAUGAUCAACGUGUCAAAAUAAGUUCAUGUGAUCCGACACAACAGGGAUUAUUAGAUAGCUGGAAAACAAAGAAUAUGGACAAUGUGGUGGAAUUGCAUAAUAAAACGCCCGUUUGGAAUGAUGAUACACAGUCGUAUGUAUUGAAUUUCCAUGGCCGUGUCACACAAGCAUCGGUGAAAAACUUUCAACUGGUCCAUGAUUCCGAUCCAGAUUAUAUUGUAAUGCAAUUUGGUCGUACGUCAGAGGAUGUAUUUACUAUGGAUUUUCGCUACCCAUUGUGUGCCUUGCAAGCAUUUGCAAUUGCGUUGAGUAGUUUUGAUGGAAAGCUAGCAUGCGAGUGAGAAACAGAUCAUCCAAUGUGAAGAAAAAUGCACACACAUACAGCCUGAAGUACACAGGACAGAAAAAAUACCGAGAGAAUGAACGAGAUAGAGAGUUAAAGUUUGGAGAAGAGAGAGAUAUAUAGAGAUACAAAAACAAAAUCAAACUUAUAGAAUUAAUGGCAAUUUAUCUCUGUCUAUGCAUAAGGAUGUCGGUAGCAUUACUAUUGUAAAUUGUAAUGAAAUUAGUUUUUUUACAGCUAAUUUAUUGCAAACAAACAAAAAAAAAACUAAACGAAUUAGACGAUUAAUGUAUUUAUAUAAAUCUAUAUAUAUAUAUAUAUAUAUAUAUUUGGACAAAGUUCCGGAAACUUGUGUAGUUCGUAUUGAAAAAUGUAUUUAUUGCAAAGUUAUUCAACAAUUGGCCAUUUACACUUUAGAGUUUGACAGGAAAAAGAAAACAUCAACAGCAAUGGUGUAAAACUCUGGACAUGGCAAAAUUAAUUUGUGUUUUAACGAAAGUAUUUAACAGACAAAAAAAAACAAUUAACUUGAAGAACAAAAAAGAACAAUUAGUACUUUUUCUCUAUCCAUUUUAAUGUGGAGAAGAAAACUCUCAGAAGAAGAGGAAGGAAAAAUGGAGAAAAAAAAACUAAGAGACGAAAUUAACAAUUACAAUAAAUUUGAUUGCCUUUUGUCAUUCAAUGCAUUUAACUAUUUAUUUCUUGGGUUGUGGACUUUUCACACAUUUUCUCAUCUCUGUCCUAGACAUAUUUUUCCCUCUCCAAAAAUCAAAAUUCGUACAUUUUUCUCAACAUAUGAGACAUGAAAUUGAAAACCAGUUUAUAUUAUGUAGUUUUUGUACGACAUUCUAAGUGUUUGAAACAUUUAAACAGACACAUGCAAAAUUACUUAACGAAUACAAUAACAGUUGUGGCAAUUGUUUAACUUGAUGUUUCAAUGCAUUUCAAACCGAUAACAAAAUAUGUAACAAAAGUCAACAAACAUAGAGUUCAUUGAACAAACAAAAACAACAUUUGAUGGAAUUUAUUUAAUUUGAUAAACUCAGGCGAAUUUCAAGAGCUAAUUAGAUUGAUUUGAUAUAUUUGACUGUAAUUUAUUACGAUUAAUGCUAUUUUACAAACAAAAACCAGUGUAGUGGCCAUAUUCACAUAUUUACUUCGGCGAUUAUUAUAAACUGUACUACAAAAGGCAGAAACAAAGGCAGAAGAAUUUUUCAACGCAUUCAAAGUUAAUGAAAAUGAAAAGAAAAUACACACACAAAAGAGUUGUUCAUGAUUAACAAGCAAUCAAAUAAUUGGCCGGCCGUCGCUUCGCUUCGGCAUGGUGUGGCAAAAUUUGCCAGAUUUGCCAACAAGAUCCACUUCAAACCCACAGUUUCUAUGCAGAGGGCCAUCCCAGUGCGGCAAAACAAAAUGAAAUGAUGAACAUUGGUCCAUCCCAGUGAGGCAAUAGAUAUUAAACAGAAGCAUCGCAGUCGAUAACUUUGUUCUAAAUAAGCAAUUUGACGAAUGAAAAAAAGGGAGAAGAAAAUGAAGAAGAAAACCACAAUUUUACAAUAAACAAACAAAAUCAAAUUAAUCGACGUUUGCUACAACAAAUUGCUCAAAAAAAAAUAGACAAGUUGAUAUUAUAUACAAUGAAUAGAGAAUAGUAACUCGCAACAGAUCGGCGCACACCUUGACCGAUGCGUGAAUCAACUUUUAGCUCAUUUUUAAGAUCAAAUUCAAAAGACAUACACACACAAAUUGUAUUUGUGUCAAUGGGAAAUCUACAUUAUGUGGAGAAUUUGUAUUUUAACAUUUUCCAAGCGAAUUAUUCUUGAACGGGCUCACACUCUUUCAUCACCUCCGCUGAGAAGUGAACAACUGUUUUUUUUUAAAAACACAUUUCAAUUUUCGGAAGAAAAAUUCUAAAAGAAGAUUUUCUAAAAAAUUCCAAAAUUCAAGUGCGAAUUGAGUGCUCACUGUUUGGGGUGUGGACCGAUUCCAAGAUUCAUUUGACUUCGUUUUCGAUUGAGACAUUGACACAACAUAUUUAUAUUUUUAAUAUGACUAAUAACUGAUCUACACGCAAAAGAAAUAAGUUGUCUGAAAGUGUCUUAUUUUUUCUUCGAACGACAAUGCAUUAGGUCAAACAGACAAUUUUUUCCCUUAAACGCGCCUCCCUAUCUAUCUAAUCCCAUUAAUUUUACCAUUUAUAUUAUUUUUUCUUCGUUCGUCUCUAAUUAUUGUAUAGAUGAGUGAAGUUAAUGCACCGUGUGCUUCUCUUUAUACAAAAAAACUAUUUAUUUUGACAUUGAUUUUGAACAUUUCAGAUGCAUUAAUCUGAACAUUGACAUUAGACAUUAGGUUAAAUUAGUCUUUAGCAGCAGAAGAAGAUACAAGAACAAAGAAAAAAAAACAUGAAAACUGAAUAAUUUUACAUAGGGAACCAAUUGGACGAUAAGUUUAAUUUAAUUUUUAAUAACAAAAUUUCGACCAUUACUAUCUAUCGAUCAAAGCAUUCAUUUUUUUUUAAAUCAAAAGAAUAACUUAUUUUUCAUCAAAAUUCCGUACAUCUACGUUAAGCAAUAAGACUAUUUUUAUGCACUAAUUUUAUGUUCGUAAUAACAUUCAGAAAAAGAAAAGAGAACAAAAUAAAACAUUUAUGAUUGAAGCAACAGCAGCAAGAAAUUUGAGAACAACACAUAAAUUGUGCUUAAUUUAUUUUUGUCUCAAUUCAGUUGUUGAAUUGAAUCGCACAUACCCGUACGAUAUAAAUCAUAUACCAUUGAUAUGGCUUCAACUCAUUUAAUUUUAAUUGCAAAUUGUAUUUUGAUUGUUUGAACAGAAUUGGAUAAAAUCUAGUCAUGUAUUAAAUUCAAUAAAGUGACAACAAUUUGGAUUGAAUAUAUUCGA